CGGGGCGGGCGCCUGCCCCGAUGGACUCCACCGCCUGUCUGAAGUCUCUGCUGUUAACCAUCAGUCAGUACAAAGCCGUUAAGUCCGAGGCGAACGCCACUCAGCUCUUGCGGCACUUGGAGGUAAUUUCUGGACAAAAGCUGACACGACUGUUUUCAUCAAAUCAGAUACUACCAAGUAAAUGCCUGAGUUGCCUUGUAGAGCUACUUGAAGAUCCAAACAUAAGCGCUUCAUUGAUCUUAAGUGUUAUCAAUUUGUUGUCUCAACUAGCUGUAGACAAUGAAACCAGAGACUGUCUUCAGAAUACCUACAACCUGAACAGUGUACUGGCAGGAGUGAUUUGUCGCAGCAGUGCUUGCCAUACUGAUUCAGUAUUUUUGCAGUGCAUUCAACUUCUACAGAAGUUAACAUAUAAUGUCAAAAUUUUACAUUCUGGUGCCAAUAUAGAUGAAUUAAUUACAUUCCUGAUAGAUCACAUUCAAUCUUCUGAAGAUGAAUUAACAAUGCCUUGUCUAGGAUUAUUGGCAAAUCUUUGUCGGCAAAAUCUUUCUGUUCAAACACAUAUAAAGACUUUGAGUAAUGUGAAAACCUUUUAUCGAACUCUUAUAACUUUCCUAGCCCAUAGUAGUUUAACUGUGGUUGUGUUUGCACUUUCAAUACUAUCAAGUUUGACAUUAAAUGAAGAAGUGGGGGAAAAGCUGUUCCAUGCACGAAACAUUCAUCAGACUUUUCAACUAAUAUUUAAUAUUCUCAUAAAUGGUGAUGGUACUUUAACACGAAAGUAUUCAGUUGACUUACUGAUGGAUCUCCUUAAGAAUCCUAAAAUUGCUGAUUAUCUUACCAGGUAUGAGCACUUUUCUUCAUGUCUUAAUCAAGUAUUAGGUCUUCUUAAUGGGAAGGAUCCUGAUUCUUCUUCAAAGGUUUUAGAAUUACUUCUUGCCUUCUGUUCAGUGACUCAGCUGCGCCAUGCGCUCACUCAGAUGAUGUUUGAACAGUCUCCAUCUGGCAGCACUGUUCUGGGAGCCCGGUCUAAGUGCCAGGAGCCUUCUGUGGCUCUGCUUCGUUGGUUAAGCCUACCUUUGGAUGGAUCAGAAAAUGAUUGUUCAGUGUUAGCAUUGGAGUUGUUCAAGGAAAUAUUUGAGGAUUCCAUAGAUACUUCUAAUUGUUCCUCAACUGACCGAUUCAUGACUCUUCUGCUGCCUACAAUCCUUAAUCAGCUUCAGUUUACAGAACAGAAUUUGGAUGAGCCCUUAAUAAGAAAAAGAUGUGAAAGGAUGGUCAAAGCCCUUGAAGUAUUGUUAACUCUGUGUGGAGAUGAUACUCUGAAGAUGCACGUUGUAAAAAAUCUGACUACCAUCAAGUGUACCACUCUGAUAGAGCAGCAGUUCACAUAUGGCAAGAUUGAUCUGGGGUUUGGAACGAAGGUAGCAGAUUCUGAAUUAUGCAAACUUGCUGCCGAUGUAAUUUUGAAAACUCUUGAUUUAAUGAACAAACUUAAACAGUUAGUUCCUGGUAUGGAAGUAAGUUUCUACAAAAUCCUUCAGGAUCCACGUUUAAUUACUCCUUUGGCUUUUGCUUUAACAUCAGAUAACAGAGAACAAGUCCAGUCUGGAUUGGGAAUAUUACUGGAAGCAGCUCCACUGCCAGAUUUUCCUGCUUUAGUACUUGGAGAAAGUAUAGCAGCAAACAAUGCAUAUAGACAACAAGAAACAGAACAUAUGCCCAGGAGACUGUCUUUUCAGUCAUUAAAUCACAGUUUCCCAACAGCAGUAAAGUGUUUAACUCCUCCCCUGUUGAAAGAUAAUGUUCCUGGAUUGAACAUUGAGGAAUUAAUAGAAAAACUUCAGUCUGGGGUGACGGUAAAGGAUCAGAUUAAUGAUGGAAGAAUAUCUGACAUAAUGGAUGUAUAUGAGAUGAAACUAUCCACAUUAGCUUCCAAAGAAAGCAGGUUACAGGAUCUCUUGGAAGCAAAGGCUCUAGCUCUUGCCCAGGCUGAUAGACUGAUUGCGCAGUAUCGCUGUCAAAGAACUCAAGCUGAGACAGAGGCACGGACACUUGCUGGUAUGUUAAGAGAAGUUGAAAGAAAAAAUGAAGAGCUUGGUGUGCUACUAAAGUCUCAACAGCUUGAGUCAGAAAGAGCCCAGAGUGAUAUUGAGCAUCUCUUUCAGCAUAAUAGGAAAUUAGAGUCUGUGGCUGAAGAGCAUGAAAUACUGACAAAAUCCUACAUGGAACUUCUUCAGAGAAAUGAAACAACUGAAAAGAAGAGUAAAGAGCUGCAGAUCACGUGUGAUUCUUUGAAUAAACAAAUUGAAACAGUGAAAAAAUUGAAUGAAUCACUGAAGCAACAAAAUGAAAAAACUAUUGCCCAAUUAAUAGAGAAAGAAGAACAGAGAAAAGAAGUACAGAACCAAUUAGUUGACCGAGAAUGUAAAUUAACAAAUUUGCAUCAAAAAGCAAAAGCACAAGAAGAGAAAAUUAAAGUCUUACAAAAGGAAAGGGAAGAUAAGGAAGAAACCAUUAACAUCCUUAAAAAGGAAUUAAGUAGAACUGAGCAGAUGAGAAAGGAGUUGAGCAUUAAGGCUUCAUCCUUAGAGGUUCAGAAGGCCCAAUUAGAAGGUCGUUUGGAAGAGAGAGAGUCUUUGGUGAAACUUCAGCAAGAGGAGUUGAAUAAACACUCUCACAUGAUAGCAAUGAUCCAUAGUUUAAGUGGUGGAAAAAUAAGUCCAGAAACUGUGAAUCUUAGUAUAUAAACAUGACAUUUUGGAAUUUGUGAUCUAGUGAUAUUUUUGACAUAUUUAUGUGUUUAAAAGGGUACUUAAGGGAGGUAAUCUGACUUCAAGUGUAAAUUAUUAUUUAAAUAUGUAGUAAAGAUCCUAAUUUGAUGCUUGUUUUAUUUGGUCAUUCUAAUAGAAAUUGUUUUUAAAGUUUCAUUUUCUGUUUUUAGCUUUUAUUGCUUGAAGUUUUGGGGUCUUGUAUUAGAAUAUCCUUCCUAAGAAAUCUGUACUAUCUUUUUAAAGUUCUGUUUUCUUUUGCUAAUCUAAUUUGUUCUCAUUUGUAAUUACUAUCAUGGGUUGCUAAACAAGAAUGUGGUUUGAUACAGAGUUACUUUUUGAUAAAUGCAUCAUUAAAGUAGGAGGGCUGUGAAAUUACUGGUAAUUUAUGGCACCAACAAGGUGAAUGGAUUUGUCAAUAACCACAGUGUCAUUGCGUAGAGCACAUGACUGUGCAGUUUUAAAAUUGAAGUGUCUUGAUACUGCAGUCUUAAACAUCACUAAAUUAAAAGUAACUAUUAGUAGAAAUGAUAUACUUCUAAAGAAGUUGAUCUGUAGUUAAAAGAAAGUAUCACUGAAUAUAAAAGCAAGUUCUAAAUUUGAAAAAGGUGUAAAUAAUAAUAAAUGUAUUAAAAUUAGAUGAUUUUUUCCCAAAAAGUUACAUUGUGUCAUAAAAAAGUACUUGUAGAGUUAUUUAUAUCUUCAGUUUGUAUUUUGUUUUUGAAAUGCUGCUUGUUGUCCUAUCACUUCCAAUUAUGAAUUUCUUGUUAUAUAACGUACUUUAGAUUCUACCUUUCCUUUAUAGUUAGAACUGUAUUUUUUGUUAAUUGUAAUGAUAUACAUUUAAUUUACAGUUUUU